AUGCAGUUACGAAGAGAGUUCUCUAGCUCGGGAAGCAUUCAGCAUCUCCUUUCUCUUCCGAUGGCCACCGCCGCCUCAACUGCGUCUUCCACCACCAGCCCACCGCACACCACCACCAUGUCCACUCACUCCACUGAGCUUGUCAAGGGCUCGCAUGAGUUCACCGUCGCCGGCUACAGCCUGCAGAAGAGGAACGGCACCGGACACUUCGUCAGGUCCGGCUCAUUCGAGGUCGGUGGAUACAGCUGGGCGAUCCGAUUCUACCCUGCUGGCAGCACAAAGGAAGAAGAAAGACACGUGUCCGUGUUCCUCGAGCUGGGAAGCACUGUGGUAGAGAAAGUUACCGCAAGGUUCAGAUUCCGCGUCAAUGGCGCUACCGCGAGCUCGUGGGGCCAGUUUAACGACUUCACACUUAGCAGCAAAACAUGGGGGUACCAGAAAUUUAUGGAGAUAGAAACCGUGGAGUCGGAGUACCUGAUCAACGACUGCCUGACGAUGCACUGCGACGUGGAGGUUGUCAAGGAGUUGAAGACCGGAGCAACCAUGAGCCGCUUCAUCACGGUGCCGCCGCCAGCCAUCUGCUGUCAUCUCGAGCAGCUUCUGGAGAGCAAGGAAGGCUGCGACGUGACCUUUCAGGUCGAGCGCAGCGACUACGACGCGCACAGGGUGGUGCUCUCGGCGCGGUCGCCGGUGUUCCGCGCCCAGUUCUUCGGCCCAAUGGCGGACACCGGCGGCGGAGACAGGUACGUGCGCAUCCUUGACAUGAAACCGACGGUCUUCGAGGCCGUGCUCCGGUUCAUCUACACGGACAGGUUGCCGCCCGUCGAGGACGGCGAAGCUGCCGCCAGCAGCUGCUGGAGGGAAGACGUCAGAGAGAUGGCCCGCAGCUGA